UUUUCCUCCCUCUCAUCCAUUUGGAGCCGCCUUUGUGAGUAGUCAGUGGCACUUAAUCACAGAGCGCUCCAAGGCAGGAGGCGGACCGGUCGGGCGUGAACGACAUAGUAACGGAGAACCGGAGAGGCAGCAGUGUGCGGUGACACAACGCAGGCAGAGGAGCUAUUCAGAGGACGUUUCCUGCAGCUGAUUUUUUCCCUUUCUUUUUCUGGAGCAAGUGCUGAAGUUUUAGUCCCCGUCCCAACACCUCCACGCAGGUCGUUUCCUCUCGCGUCCCACUGGCGUGCUUUGUUGGAGAUGUCCAAAAAAAGACCAGCCGAGCCGGAGUCCCCGGGUGAAACAGCAGCCGCAACUGGGCACCAUGAUUUGUUUCUCACCGGAGUCUGUAGAAUGAAGACGGCUUGAAAAAAAAGUCAAAUUAAACGCGCAAAGAUGUCGUUGCCUUUGUUGAAGAUCGGCGUCGUGCUCAGCACCAUGGCGAUGAUCACCAACUGGAUGUCGCAGACCCUCCCCUCUUUGGUGGGGCUCAAUACCACCAAGCUCACGGCAGCACAGGGAGGGUAUCCAGACCGGAGUACAGGAGUGUUGCCAGCGAACCCAGAGGAUUCGUGGCAGGUGUACAGUUCAGCCCAAGAUAGUGAGGGAAGGUGUGUCUGCACUGUGGUGGCGCCCCAGCAGUCCAUGUGUUCUCGGGAUGCGCGCACCAAACAACUGAGGCAGCUGUUAGAAAAGGUCCAGAACAUGACCCAGUCCAUCCAGGUCCUGGACCAGCGAACCCAGAGGGACCUGCAGUAUGUGGAGAAGAUGGAGGUUCAGCUCCGCGGUCUGGAGACCAAGUUCAGGCAGGUGGAGGAGAACCACAAGCAGAACAUCGCCAAGCAAUUCAAGGCCAUAAAAGCGAAAAUGGAGGAGCUUAGACCGUUGAUACCAGUGUUGGAGGAGUACAAAGCCGAUGCCAAAUUGGUAUUGCAGUUUAAGGAGGAGGUCCAGAAUCUGACGACAGUUCUAAGCGAACUUCAGGAGGAGAUGGGGGCCUAUGACUACGAGGAGCUCCACAACAGAGUGUCAAAUCUUGAGGAGAGACUCCGAGCAUGCAUGCAAAAAUUAGCAUGUGGCAAGCUGACGGGCAUCAGUGAUCCUAUCACCAUCAAGACGUCUGGAUCUAGGUUCGGCUCCUGGAUGACCGACCCUCUGGCCCCUGAAGGAGAUACGCGGGUCUGGUAUAUGGAUGGCUACCAUAACAAUCGCUUUGUGCGGGAGUACAAGUCGAUGCGGGACUUUAUGACAUCGGAUAACUUCACGUCCCACCGGCUGCCCCACCCGUGGUCAGGAACAGGUCAGGUGGUCUACAACGGCUCCAUCUACUUCAACAAGUUCCAGAGCCACGUCAUCAUCAAGUUCGACUUCCGCACCUCCUCCAUCAGCAAGUCCCGGCAGCUCGACUACGCCGGCUUCAACAACGCGUAUCACUACGCCUGGGGCGGCCACUCCGACAUCGACCUGAUGGCGGACGAGGGGGGGCUGUGGGCUGUCUACGCCACCAACCAGAACGCGGGGAACAUCGUCCUCAGCAAGCUGAACCCCAGCACGCUGCAGAUCAUCAAAAGCUGGACCACCAACCACCCCAAAAGGAGUGCCGGCGAGUCUUUUAUGAUCUGUGGGACGCUCUACGUCACCAAUGGCUACUCUGGAGGCACCAAGGUGUAUUACGCCUACUCCACCAACUCUUCUACUUACGAGUACAUCGACAUUGCCUUCCAGAAUAAGUACUCGCAUAUCUCGAUGCUGGACUACAACCCGCGUGACCGAGCCCUCUACGCCUGGAACAAUGGCCACCAGGUUCUCUACAAUGUCACACUGUUCCACGUUAUCAACUCAGAAGAACUGUAACUGCGGAAAAAUGGAUUACAUACAUAAAUACAUAUUGUCUUUGUAGAGAUCUCCCUAUACACAAAAAUAUACCUGCGAAAGAAAAAGACUAUGGCGAGACCAUUCUAUUUAUAAUAGCACAUUUUACUGAAAGACUGCAUCAACAGUGAAUGUACUGAAAAUAAAAGUAAAAUUAAAGUGUUUCAUUCCAAAAUGUGUUACAAAAAAGAAUUGCUUCAUCAGUUCAUAUCACAAAAUCCUAGGUGAUUGUUAAUAAAACAGGACUGUUUUAUAUAGGUCUUACUGUAAUAUAACUUUGAGCAUAGUAGACUUUAUUUUAUAUCAUUUUCUUAGAGGUAUUUUCUUUUGGAAUGAAACUCUUUCAUUAUUUGCCUCAUAGAAAAUGAUUGUAAAAGUAGUAACAUAUCAGAUUUAAAAGAAUAAGAACAGAUGCCAAAAAAAAAUAUCUUCACGCCUUUUUUUAUAUUUUGGAGUAUCAACUCAAGCUCAUUCCUGUGGCUCCGGUUCUUCUGUAGAAAUCCUCCCAGCUGAACUUUAUUUUGGUCAACGGGGGUCCAGAAACGAAGACUGUGGUUAAUAAACUGUUGGACCCCCGGGUUCCAUGGACAGAUAGAAAGGUGGGAGGUCAGUCUAGUCAGAAGACUUGAUGGCCUAAUGGGUGAGCUCUGUCAUAUCGUUUUUAUCCAGUACAGUAGCAAAUCAAAAGUCUGUAGAGAAACAGCAAACAACAAUAACAACAUCUACUAAAAGACCUGAAGGCACUGACUGUUGACGGCGCUGUUGUUUGAGAUGAAUUUCCUGUGUUAGUGACUAUGUGUGAAAAAGGCUUCCUUUGCAUGAGUGUUUUCGAUCACUCCGGUCUGCUCUUCUGAAUGUCUUUUGCUGUAUGAUACUAAAAAAAGGGGGAGGGAGUGGAGGGGGAACAAGGUGGAAUACCUUUGGGAUUUGAGGAUUUGCUGAGAUCUUUACUUUUCUCCUGCUUCUUUAUAUAUCCUUGUUGUUUUGUUUAUUUUCUAUUUCUUUGCAAUUAUUUUCCUUUCGAAUGUUCUUGUAUCACUGUAACUGUUGGCACUGGUUUUGCGUCUUUGUAUUUGUUUAUUUGGACUGUGUGGGAUGAAUCUAUCUAGCUCACAUCUCAGAAGUAAAAAAAACAAAAACAGAAUGUAUCGAGUAUUGUAUCCUGGGAACCUGGUCCUCCUAUCUUCAUGCGCCUAUAGGGAGAGCUUUUUUUAUUUAUAGAGGAUAAUCCUGUCUCAUGUCAUGUUUCCCCCCACUGCUAGUGAAGGAUAAUGCUGUUUUAAUGUAUACCCUUGCAGAGGACAAAAGCUUUUCACUCUUUUUGUGCUUUGCUGGACAUAAUGUUGUAUCUAAGAUGAGAUAGUUAAUGAUUCGUGUCAAUAAAACAGAGAAAUCUGCUGCUCCGAU